AUGGAAAAGUCUCAUCUGGGAAACGAGCCCCAGCAGCUCCCUGACUUGCCAGGGUACCUGCUGGGACACGCUCUAUCCUCCUGGAGGGUCUGCCAUAACUAUCAGUGGUCUCGAUGUCUGACCCCUUCCCCACACAGAUGUCUGGACAAUGUGGUCAAUGAGCAGAGUACUUCCCCACCAGUGCCACACCUCCAUGCCUUGCUGACCAGUGGAGACGAGCCUCCCACACAGACAGACAUCUUUGACCUCCUCAAAGCCUCCUAUGAGAAAUUCAGCAGCCUGCGGGCCAGCGACACUGAGCAGAUGCGGUUUAACAGGCUGAAAGUGAUCCAGUCGUUGGAGGACACAGCCAAGAGGAGUGUGGUCCGAGCCAUACCUGGGGACACUGGCUUCUCCACUGAAGAGCUGGAAGACCUUUACAUGGUGUUUAAGGUGAGAGCCGAGAACAGGGACGGGACCUGUAACUGUGACCUUGUCUUCCAAGAGCAUCCUCAGCACAGAGGUUCCUGCCGGAAGAGAAGGGGCGGGAUGUACCACGGGGACAUGACUGAAAAGCUCAAGGUGCUCUACAAGCUGCACCUUCCCCCAGCAGGCCUGGGAGACCAGGGCAGCUUGUUCCUCCCCAGGUUCAUGUUCACACGUGAACCGCACAGUGUGGUCCUCCUCCAGCGGAUGAUUCAUCAGUUCUCAGGCUUGUCCAUCACACCGCAUUGCUGUUUGCAUAUGGGGGAGACUUGUAGUCCUCUGGAAAAAGAAAACAAAAAAAAAAAAAAACGGAGUGGGAUACAGCUGCUGCUGCUUUCAGUGAUCAAGUGGGGAAAUGCCCAGGCCCUCCUUGACGGUGGUGCCGGAGGGCAGAGCCCAGGGUCAGGCCAAAGCAGGAGGCUCCGUGCAGGGAACCAGAACCCGGGGCUGCUCCCGCACAAGCACAGGCUGGACCUCGGCAGAGGUGGGCUGCAGUCCCAGCUGGAGAAGAAUGUGCUCCAUGUUGUUAUUUCCUGGUUGGCAGAGGCACUACCACAGGAAGAUCGGGAAGGAAGCAGAAGCGAGGAUACCCAAGAAAAGCGAGCAGAGGAGAAGGGGACCAGCCCCCCAGACUACUGACUCUACCUUCGCAUGUGGGCCAAGGAGAGAGAGGCUCAGAAGGAGACCAUCAAGGAUCUGCCCAAAAUGAACCAGGAGCAAUUCAUUGAGCUGUGCAAGACGCUAUACAACAUGUUCAGUGAGGACCCCCUGGAGCAGGACUUGUACCACGCCAUUGCCACAGUGGCCAGCCUCCUCCGCAUCAGUGAGGUGGGGAAGUUCUUCAGUCCCAGUGUCAAGAAGCCCACGGGUGGCACUCCCAGCAGGGACCAGGGCAGUUCCAUCGAGGAUGAGUCCCCACUGCCAUCACCUGCAAGGGAAUCCCAUCAGGACCCAGUACAGGAAUGCCAGCCGACAGCCACGGGGGACCCCUGGACCAAAGCUGGUGGAGACACCCACCUUGGAAAAGUGCCACAGGAGAGACAGACGGUGGUAGAGGGGGGCAGUGGAGAGGGGCAGGGCUCACCCUCCCAGCUCCCGUCUGAUGAUGAAACCAAAUACAACAUAUCCAUGUCCUCCUACUCAGUGGUCAGCAUGGGCUCCCUGCAGUGUGAGAACCCCACAGCCACUGCCCGCAUUGGGAACACCAUGGACGCAGACUGGUGCAUCUCCUUCAAGCAGAUCCUGGCCUCCAUCCUGCCGGAGUCUGUGCUGGUCAACUUCUUUGAGAAAAGGGUGGACAUUGGACUCAAGAUGAAGGACCAGAAGAAAGUAGAGAGACAGUUGAGUGCCUCCAGUGAGCACGAGCCAUCUGUUGCUCUGGGCUGAGCCCCUUGGCUGAGUGAUUCUGGCCGAGGCCUCUGU